CCGCCCUUGGCCGCCCAUUAAUGCAAAGGGUGGAAUUCAAAUGAGUGCGCCCCUUUGCCCACAUGGCUCCCAAACGAUUGAAAUUCCCUGGUAGCUGACAACUAAUUAAAGAACUGCACAAUGUGUAGAUGGAGCGGGGAUAACGUUGCCUGAUAGAACAUAUAGGUUCGCCUACAUAUGGCUUGCCUAGCCCUCCCUUUCAGGCCGGGUCGCCGGGAUUGCUCCAGAACAUUGUAGAGCCGCCAAAACUCGAAAUCAUCAGUUCAACUUUUCAAAAUGCUGAGUACAUCUGUUCUGCUGCUUGCCCUUACGGCUACUGGCCUCGCCCAGGCCCCUGAAGGCUACCGCAAGGUGUAUAUCACCUCAAACGUGAACACGAAAUUCGUCAUUGUACCGAAAGCGCGCACAGCUGGAAGUACGACUAUUGUCAAGACCCUGAACAACAAGCCCGAGCAGCAGUGGUACAUCAAGGAUGGCACUACCAAGAUCCAACUGGUAGACAGCACGCUCUGCAUGGAUGGAGGAGCCAGGAGCAACUGGAGGGACAUGGGCAACAUCUACGUCAACGAGUGCUCCGACACCGUCGAGUCCCAGAACUGGCUUGUCAUGGGUGAUGGCCGGAUUGCUUUGGCGCCUUCUGACAAGAAGCAGUGCAUCGACCUUCAGUACAUGCGAGCUACCGAGAACAACCCCGUCGGACUGUACAACUGUGCUGGGCUGGGCAACAUUGGGGCCGCGGACAAGGGAAUCAACUGGCCGCUUGUCAAUGUCACUGCUUGAGUGGACCGACGCAUGAAGGCUGUUGGGAAGCUACUGAGACUUCCCAAGUUCCAAGAAUCAUAGAUCAUAUUGAAAGGGUUGAGGUUGUGAAAUUUAAGCGGGGAUUCAUUACAUGCCUCAUGCCACGAUCAAGUUGCUCCGACGAUUUUUAGUCUCAUUUAGUCACUUCAAGUUUACAAUCACUCCAAAUUUCUUC